AUGGCGGAUGUGCUGAGCUUAGUUCGACAGUACAACAUCAACAAAAAGGAGAUUAUCGAGAAGGACGAUCAAGUCAUUUUUGGUGAACUCGCAUGGCCAAGCAAUGUUAAGACCAACUAUGUCGUCUGGGGUACUGGCAAAGAUGGAAUCGUCAAAGAAUAUUACACACUAGACUGCAUACUUUUCCUGCUGAGAAAUGUUCACCUACAGCAUCCACUUUAUGUCAGAGAGGCAGCGGCAGCUGAGGUACCUGUUGUACGUCGACCAGACAGAAAAGACUUGCUCAGCUAUCUCAAUGGGGAAACUACAUCCUCUGCUAGCAUUGACAAAAGUGCACCCUUGGAGAUUCCUCUUCAGAGGCCUCCACAGAUCAAAAGAGGAGCAGAAGACAGCAGGGAGGCAGACAAGAAAAAACCACGUUUGGAGGAAGAGGUAGUUCAACAGGCCAAACUGAACUGGAUACACAAGAUUGAUGCUACACGAGAGACCUCAGUUUUACAACAGAUAUCACGUUCAUCCUUGCCUGAAGCCAUGCCCCUGGAGAAGAUUGCAGCUAUCAAAGCCAAACGUCUGGCUAAAAAGAGGACAAUGAUUAAGGUGGAUGAUGAGGUGGCUCCUGGUGCUCUGGAACAGAGGAGCUUUGUGGAGGCUGAAGUGGACGUGACACGUGAUAUUGUCAGCAGGGAACGUCUGUGGCGUACACGCACCAGUAUCCUGCAAAGCAAUGGGAAGACUUUUGCUGCCAAUGUGUUUGGAAUUCUACAGUCUAUCAAAGCCCGUGAGGAAGGGAAGGAGAAACACCAUACUGAACCACAUACACCCUCGGUGCCCCAGCAGCGUGUCCCCCCAGUGGCUGCCUACAGCAGAUAUGACCAAGAAAGAUUUAAAGGAAAAGAAGAGACUGAGGGUUUCAAGAUUGAUACUAUGGGAACCUAUCACGGAAAAACGCUCAAGUUUGUGACGGAAGGAGGUGGAGCCAACCAGAAGAAACCAAUGGAAGAUAGAGAGCCACGAAGACAUGCACCACCUCAACAGAACCAUGUCUCCCAUCACCAAGUACAACCCUCCACUCCUGUCACCCCAGGAUCGCGUCCAAUAUCCCAGGCCAGGCCACCUCCCAACCAGAAAAAAGGAUCUCGGACACCCAUCAUUAUUAUACCUGCUGCCACAACUUCUAUCAUCACCAUGUUCAACGCCAAAGAUAUCCUUCAGGAUCACAGGUUUGUCAGCACAGAAGAGAAGAAAGCACAGGGCACUAAGCGUGACAAUGAAGUACUGAUUCAGCGUCGCAAGGCUGGUAACUUGACAGUGCCCUACAGAAUCAUAGACAACCCUCUCAAACUUUCACCGGACGACUGGGACCGAGUGGUAGCUGUGUUUGUACAAGGACCAGCAUGGCAGUUCAAGGGGUGGCCUUGGGACGGUGUUCCAGUAGAAAUCUUCUCCAGGAUCAAAGCUUUCCAUCUGAAGUGGGCGGAACUUCCAAUUGACAAUAAUGUGAAGAAGUGGGAUGUUUAUGUUGUUGCCCUCGACAGAAACAAGCGCCAUCUUGACCGUGCAAACCUACAGCAAGUCUGGGAGAUACUUGAUAAGUACAUGGCCAAACACAAGCCUCAUCUGCGACACUGAGUGAAUGAUACCAAUACUUAUUGUGAGAGGACACUGAUAAAUUCUGGGAAUUUUUUUACCAAGGGUACUUACAGGAAAUGUGAGUGGAAGGAUGGCAUAUUGAUGCUACAUUUAAAAGCAAAGAGAAACUAGAAAUAUGUAAAGGACUUUGACUUUGAUUUUGAAUUGUUGUUACUCUGCCUGUUAUGAUUUAUAAAGUUUUUUGGAAUGCAAGUAUAUUUUGCUUUUCUCUUCCAGAAUACUUUUUCAGGCUUGCUUUAUUUUACUUUCCAACUGCAUUAAUUUUUGUUCCAAAGCAAAGCAAUUAAAUUUGUGAAUCAGUCAUCCUUGAUGUGGAGCACAUGGCCAUUUAAACUUUCUAAUUUCUUUUUCUGCAUCAAAGCAAGCUUGGCUUUACCAACCAUAAAGAAAACCCUUAUGGCAGCAUUUGUAUGUAUGAAAUAAUGUCUUACUUUCCCUUGAUUUUAUAAAUAAGCUGAUAAGAUAUAAGGAAUCUCGGAUUAUAUUAUUGUGAAUAUCCAAUCUGACUGAAGGGUGAGGACGACGGGUAUUAAGAGUUACGUCCCUUCGGCCUGUGAGUAAUAAUUACCAUGCAAAAUUGGUAUUGCUAUGAUAAUUAAUUUGUCAGAUGACUGCCGAUCUUUGAAAAAUGAGAUAACAAAUGUUUCAUUCUAACAUUCUUUCAAUCAUACCUUUCACUUUUACUACCCAUCUGUGCUCUGUCUAUCUUCACAAUGACAGAAAAUAAGCAUUAAAAAAAAUAAAAUCUUUCAUUGAGAACAAAAAUGGAAUUAUUGGAUCAUAAUCAAGUUCACUGUUAAUCCUUUUUAUGUUUUAUAAGUAUUUUUUUACAAUUUCAUUAAAAAGGCAGUACAAGUAGAGGAAAUAUAAAUUGUCAUACUGAUUAUUAACAAUUUAACAGAUAAAAUUGCUACUUGAAUGCUAUGCUAUUUAAUAGAAAAGAUGGGAUUUGGUGUUGAUCCUCCAGUACAGGAAACAUGGAGGUUGAAUGUGCUAAUAAUUUUUUUGAAACCCAAGGAAUGUUUCAGUUGGGAUUUGUAUAGAAUGCCAACACAUGUAAAAUAAGUACUAAAUACCUUUUUAUUUGUUUGUCCAGGUUUCUGUGUAUAAUGUUAGAAUCUGAUAUGUUUGUGAUAUGAUAUGGAGAGAGAUGGAAGAGAAUUUAUUGUAUGAUAUGGAGAGUGGUGUGUGCUCAUUAAUAGUAUGUGAUAAUCAUAUAGAGAAAAUGAGAGGUGAACAAGGUCUGACUCUAAUAAUUGUGUAUGAACUUGUACAUAUAUACAUCUGUUUUAAGAUAAUAAAAUGUACAUUCAUUUGAAAAA